CCUUCCUCCCGAACUCCUCUUGCUUUUGAUAAUGGCCUUGGACUUGGACGACUUAUCGAUUUCUCCCUGUAAGAUGCUGUAUCAUUUGGUUGGGGGGGGCUCUGCAUGGUAAUGGACAGUGCGAGAGGCCAGGCCUCCUGGAGGUGAGCCGAUGGAGAUUUAUUCCCCAGACAUGUCCGAGGGAGCUGCUGAGAGGUCCUCGAGCCCUUCCACUCAGCUGAGUGCAGACCCAUCUCUGGACGGGCUUCCGGCAGCCGAAGACAUGCCGGAGACCCAGACUGAAGAUGGGAGGUCCCCGGGGCUCGUGGGCCUGACUCUUCCCUGCUGCGUCUGCCUGGAAACCGAGCGCCUGAGAGGUUGCCUCAACUCAGAGAAAAUCUGCAUCGUCCCCAUCCUGGCUUGUCUGAUCAGCCUCUGCCUCUGCAUCGCCGGCCUCAAGUGGGUGUUUGUGGACAAGAUUUUUGAGUAUGACUCUCCCACUCACCUUGACCCUGGGGGAUUAGGCCAGGAUCCUAUUAUUUCUCUGGAUCCAACUGCAGCUUCAGCUGCUGUGUGGGUUUCAGCCAAGGCGUACACUUCACCUGUCUCCAGGGCUCAGUCUGAAACUGAGGUUCGAGUUACAGUGCAAGUUGACAAUACCCUUGGGUCCUCCGAGCCCUCGGCGGGCCCCACCCCCAAGAACCGUAUCUUCGCUUUUUCUUUCCGGCCGUCCACUGCCCCAUCCUUCCCUCCACCCACUCGGAGCCCUGCCGUGAGACCAUCCAAGACAGCCACUCAGCCACCAUCAACAGAAACUAAUCUCCAAACUGCUCCUAAACUUUGUAAGUAG